AUGUCCUGCCAGACCGCCCUCUACACGCAAACAGUGACCUUGCUCUCCGUCCCGCAGGAGAUACUUCUUCUCCAGCACAAAGUUUUCCGAGAGUAUGCGAAAAUCACCGUCGGACCAGACUUCAUACACACUCUACCGUCCUUCAUGAUCCUGGCUGCGCUCACGAUCGUCCUGUGGAGAAAUCCACCUUCGUCUAACAGUUUGGCCCACGUUUUCGGCCCACCGCUUUACAAAGCUCUUCAGGUCAUGGUCGGCUGGGUAGUCGCUAUUACUGGCUUAUGGCUCUGGCUGAUCCUUCAAAGGUUGCUGUAUUGCUGCGUCUGGUCCUAUUGGAGUUACGACUUCGAGGAUCGUGACAUUUCCUAUCAGUGGUGGCAACGCGUUUGGUCCUCGUAUUAUCCCCCGCCAUUGCAACCGCCAGUGAUGUCAGCGGGUUUUAUUAGCUGGAUCCUCUCUAUGUCAAUCGCAGUGCUCACUCUAAGUUGCGCACUUUCUACGAAUCGAAUAUGGAAUUUUAUCACGGAUUCUGUUGCUGAAUUGCGGGUCGCGUUAGUGACGGUGAAGCAUUACGUAAUCGCUCAUCUGAAAAGAAUGCUGACGUGCCUGUUGCAACAUUAUUGGUCGCAAGAACUGCCGUCGAUGAAGCCAAUCGUGCCAGCGGAGAGCGAGGCGAGCUCGAUGUGCGACGACUGUCGAUCGGAGAUCUCCAGCGACAUCCACAAUCCACCUCGAAUGGAGAUACAUCCGGUGUCGUACGGGACCAAUUGGACGCCGAAACCGUGUUUCUCCGGUUACAAGGAACCGCAACGGAAGGUCUCGAUGAAGUCGUUGCACACGGUCGCUGUGGUCGACAACGUCGAGGACUCGGACAAGCUGACGCCUAAGCAGCUACGGCACAGACGGGGCUGUCACACGGUGAUACCGAGUAAUUCCAGCGACAAAUCGAGCGGCUGCUGA